AGAUCAAUGCCCUUGAGCAGCACAUCAAGAACCUCUUAACUCCUUCAACCCCUCAUUUCUUCAACACCCUUUAUGAUCCAUACAGAGAUGGAGCCGACUUUGUUCGUGGAUACCCUUUUAGCAUGCGUGAAGGCGCCACCACGGCCGUGUCUCAUGGACUUUGGCUCAACAUCCCUGACUACGAUGCUCCGACUCAGCUCGUUAAGCCCCUCGAAAGAAAUACCAGGUACGUUGACGCGGUCAUGACAAUACCGAAGGGUACCCUUUUCCCGAUGUGCGGUAUGAACCUGGCUUUUGACCGGGAGUUGAUUGGCCCGGCUAUGUAUUUCGGGCUUAUGGGAGAUGGCCAGCCUAUCGGGCGUUACGACGACAUGUGGGCAGGCUGGUGUGUCAAGGUGAUAUGUGAUCAUAUGGGAUGGGGGGUGAAGACCGGUCUGCCGUAUAUAUGGCACAGCAAGGCGAGCAACCCGUUUGUGAAUCUGAAGAAAGAGUACAAUGGGAUAUUCUGGCAGGAAGAGGCGAUACCGUUCUUUCAGUCAGCGGCUCUGCCCGAGGAAUGCAAGACGGUGCAGGAAUGUUACAUAGAGCUGGGGAAGAUGGUGAAGGAGAAGCUGGGGAAGGUGGAUCCGUAUUUUGUGAAGCUCGCCGAUGGAAUGUUCACUUGGAUCGAAGCUUGGGAUGAACUCAACUCUGAGGAGAAUCCAAAUGGCACAGCUGCAGCCUAAGUGAAAAGACUGCAUUUGGAUUUUAGCAAAUGGGUGCAUAUGUUCCCCUCCAUUUCUUCCAUAUUUAUUACAGCGGUUACUGCUCUCUGUCGUUAGUGUUCCAUUUCUUGUUGUU